AUGCUCCUGCGAACCGCCACGACAAACCUGAGUCGUCGGGCCUCGAUGCUGGCUCAAUUCUGUGUGAAGUGCCAUGACUUCGCCCCACAAGAUGUGCCCGCACGCCUUCGCUCGAAGGAACUCGAGGCCGAGCUACUCUUUCGCGAAUCGAUUUGGUGGGAGCAUCGUCGUAAACUUAACCGCAGUCUUGUGAGUCAGGCGCGCGAGGCGACGAAAUGCAGCUUGGACGAGGACGAGUUCUUUCACGAGGACAGCGACGAAGAAGACAGGGUGGACGACGACGACGACUUUGUGCGAUGCAGCGCGAUAAAGCGGUGGAGGGUGGAGACCAUCUACGAACGUUUGCUCCGCACAGACCCAGCUGCCUUCGACCUUCCUCAGAUUGAAAGUGACCGCUUUGCAAAACUGUUGGAGAAUCUACGACGUACUGAGCGCUUAACUUCAUCUUCUGCGUUCGGCUUCAAUGCGGACGUGGGGCGUAUAAAGGAGUCGGUUCAAGAGGUUCUGUUUCAUGUGAAAACCAUGUUCGAGCGAGGUGAACUGAGCUGCAUUAGACGUCCACUGAUCUCGUCUCGCACGGUGCUUUCGAAGGGCAUCCCAAGUUGGUUAGUUGAAAGCAAGAAGCGCAAGAUCCUCGUGGUCGUUGUGGCGCAUGAUUUAUACGAGGGUCAAGCUCGAGCCUUGGUGUUGAUGGACAUCGCUCUCGGCAUCAAUGAGGAGAAGGAAGUGCCCAGUGACUCAAUUCACGGGAUCGUCACAGACUACCACCGCUGGAUGUUUCUCAAACGAACGCCCAACGAGAUCGCGUGUUGCAACGAUUUCAUCAUUGAGGCAACUGAGGAUGCAGACGUCGCGCGUGUGGCGCGGCGCCUGUAUGGGAUAUUUGAAGAAGGAAUCAACUAUCGUUGCGGUGCUCGCGGACGUCGAUCGCCGCUAUGGCUCAAGAGAAUGUUUUACAAGUUUACGGGAGCGUAG